AGCAUGCAGUAUAAUACAAAAAACAGAAGAUUUGUCUCUGAAAUGGUCUAAUUUCGCCAUAACCACCGAUCCCACACCUUCUAUUUGUCCGCAUCCACCAUCUCUCCCAACACAACACUCACCGUCACUGCUAUGCAACAACACACUCGCAUCAUCGUUGUUUUCUCCCUAAUUUCACACAUUUUUCAUCUCUUUUGAAACUACCCAAUCAUUCCUUUUCUCAUUUUCACGCCAAGAUCUGUUCUUCCUUCCCAAUCCCGCCUCAGAUGCAGACUCUCCCUCCUUUGUCUUGCAUCAGAGGUUUUCUCCCCUCUUCCCUCUCAUGAAUCUCGCUCUCCCUUUAAAUCUUUUUACCGAACUCGGAUGUGGCUUCGUGCUUUUCACAUGUCUCUAUCGCUUUCUCAAAUUUCUCGGCAUGGUUUUGAUGCUUGGUUUCUUUUUCAAGAUUCUACACUUGGGUUGGCGUUUUAAGGGUGCACUGCGUUUCCUCUGUGAUUUUGGAGGCAUGCCCAGAAUUCGUCUAUGUUUGGAGAACAUAAUUUGGGAAGUUUCUAAGCCAGAGGUUCCAUCUUUCGAAAAUGGGUCCGACCCAAAUGCGACCAAGAAGAGCUCUAAUAUUGCCGGAGAGAAAGUGAAAGAUAGUUCGGAGAAUGGGUCGGAUAAUGAAUGGGAGGUUCGAGAUAUGGACGAGGUGUUUGAUGUAAAUACUCUGAGAAAGUUGAUAAAGAUUCAGCGCAACAAAGCCAAUGCUGCUUUUACGGAGCUUGACCACGAACGAACAGCUGCUUCUUCAUCGGCACAUGAGGCAAUGUCGAUGAUUCUCCGGCUUCAGAACGAGAAGAGCUCGGCUGAAAUUGAAGCCAAUCAAUUCCGCAGAAUGGCUGAGCAGAGAUUAGAGUAUGAUGAUGAAGUGAUUGAUUCUUUGCAUUGGGCGAUCACACGGCAUGAAUCUCAUAGGAGUGUGUUGGAAGAGCAGUUGAGGGUUUAUAAAGAAGAGCUCUAUCAACAUAUUGAGGAGGAUGAGAUAGAACAACUUGAAGCCAGUCUUAGUAGGGGUAAGAUAUUUGAGAAUGAAGCUGUUGAUUCCCGGAUAGAACAACAUGAAACCAAUGUUAGUAGGGGUAAGAGUUUUGAGAAUGAAGCGGUUGAUUCGGGGACAGAACAACGUGAAACCAAUGUUAGUAGGGGUAAGAGUUUUGAGAAUGAAGCGGUUGAUUCGGGGAUAGAACAACAUGAAACCAAUGUUACUAGGGGUAAGAGAUUUGAGAAUGAAGCGGUUGAUUCGGGGAUAGAACAACAUGAAACCAAUGUUACUAGGGGUAAGAGUUUUGAGAAUGAAGCGGUUGAUUCCGGGAUAGAACAACUUGAAGCCGAAGUUAUUAGGGAUAAGAGUUUUGAGAAUGAAGCGGUUGAUUCCGGGAUAGAACAACUUGAAGCCGAAGUUAUUAGGGGUAAGAGUUCUGAGAAUGAAGCUGUUGAUUCGGGGAUAGAACAACUUGAAGCCGGAGUUAAUAGGGAUAAGAGUUUUGAGAACGAAGCUCUUGAUUCUGGGAUGGUACAACUUGAAUCCCAAGUUAGUAGGGCUAAGAGUUUUGAGAAUGAAGCUGUUGAUUCCGGGAUGGAACAACUUGAAGCCAAUGUUAGUAGGGGUAGGAGUUUUGAGAAUGAAGCAGUUGAUUCUGUAGUUAGCACUUCUGAAACCGGAUCACAGGCCUUGUAAGUUCCCAAGGAAGUCUGCUACUAGUUAGAAAUUCUGGUGUACAGGGAAAUUUGGUAGGAACAAAUAAAAAAAAAUCCAAAUACAUGUUGGUUGAUAAUGCAUAGUAACCUUUGUAACACCAACACCCGGAAUAAAAUCAUGUGAUUGUGUUCAAUCUUGUAAAAUUAUUAUCAAAUGAUAAUAACGUGUUUGUGUCCGAGUACUAA